UGAAGAUAAAAGUAUAGAAAAGUCUUCAACAAUAGCCAAAUUUGUUUCAAACUGUCUACCUAAUCAUCUACCCCGGGGACUAGGAUGUGCAAAUCUUCAAUGUUUGAUAAGAAAAAUAAUUGUUGGAAAAUAUUUUUUGCAAAAGGUACAACAGUGUCUAGUAUGGUUUUUUGAAGAAAGAGAUAAAAGGUGA